GCGUUCUGCAAGUGGUCGCACCCAAAGGGCCGGCUCCCCACAGAGGCAGAGUGGGAAUUCGCAGCGAGUGGCGGCCUGAAGAACCGCACGUUUCCGUGGGGGAACAAGAUGAUGCCCAAGAACAGGCACUGGAUGAACACGUGGCAGUCCACGGCGCCCAACUCGAUGGAGGACGGGUAUGCGCUGACGGCGCCUGGCACAGCCUAUCCACCCAACAAGUUUGGGCUGUACAACACGGUUGGGAACGUGUGGGAGUGGACCAACGACUGGUUCACAAACCGCCACAGCGCAGCGCCUGCUGUGGACCCGCGGGGCCCUUCGAGCGGCGAGACGAAGGUGAAGAAGGGCGGGUCGUACAUGUGCCAUCAGUUCACGUGCUACCGAUACCGCAUCGCUGCGCGCAUGCACAUCACCCCAGACAGCAGCGCCGCCAACGUCGGAUUCAGAUGUGCAGCCGACGCGGAGUAG